GUGAUUAAAAUGACAAAAAAUGCUGAGUGUCUAUCAACGAAUAUAAAAGGUGUGUUUAUACGUUUUCCAGAUAAGAUCACGAGAACAUGGACGAACACACAUUGCGAAUAAAUUUCCAUAUGUAUAUUAUUAUCGCUGUUCUACGCAUGCGCGAAAUAGCAAAAAAUUCAGAGCUGGUAUAUAAUCUAACAGACUUUGUUCAGUCGCAUAUGUGAGUGUCUUCUGAGUACAGAGUUCCGUGUUUAUUAUCAUCACGAUGGCAGAUUCUCAGAGAUCCGACAAUAUUACACAUAACUUGACAAUCGAGCAAAAAAAAUAUGCAGCGAUUUAAAUGAAUCAGACGAGAAUAGAGAAAAAUCUAUCGCGGAAAUUAAACGCUGGAUUCAAGAGAGCGAUUUAUGCGCACGAACUGGUAAAAACAUCGAUAAUAAUAGAUGAUUUCUUCAUUUUGCGAUUUUUGAGAGUCUGCAAAUUUAAUCUCGAGCGUACAAAGGCCAAGAUACGGAAUUAUCAAAUACAGAGAGCAAAGAUACCAGAAUGGUAUGCGAACAGAGAUCCGUUACAACUAAGACUGCAACAAUUGUUAGAUUUGGGAAUUUGUUUACCCUUGCGGAAAUUGGACAAUCAAGGAAGAAUGAUUCUCCUCGGGCGGCUUGUGCAUAAUCCAAGCAUAUUUACAUUAGCAGAUGCACUUAAGGCCGCAUCCUUGGCUCUAGAUGUAGCCAUAAGAGACAACGUUGAAGCAUCCUUGUACGGUUUCGUAAUAAUUGUAGAUUUACAAUAUAUAACUUUGCGUCAUAUUGGUCAAAUAGAAAUUCGCACUUUAAAAAACCUGCUCCACGCGUGGCAGAGUUGCUAUCCUGUCAGAAUUCAAUUGCUUAACUAUGUUAAUACUCCCGGAUACGCUAAAUUAUUCAUGGACAUCACUAGUUAUAUAUUGAGCGACAAAAUAAAGCAAAGACUGCGUGUAUACACGCGCAAAACAACGCCUGAUUGUUUUAUGAACAUGCCAGCUAAUAUCUUACCUGUUGAAUAUGGCGGCACUGAUGGUACAAUUCAAGAAUUAACAGAAUAUUGGAAGAGAGUAGUCGAAGAGAAUCGCGAUUGGUUUAUCGAUGAUGAAAAAUAUAAACCAAUUUUGAAAUAGUAUAACAGGUUCAAAUUAAUUUUUUCGAAUAAAAUAUUGAAACUAUAUGAUUCGCCGUAAAACUAGAUAUAAACAUUUUUGAUAGAUUUUGAAAUAUUUUAUUUCCGCUUAGAAUUUGUUUACCCUUGCGGAAAUUGGACAAUCAAGGAAGAAUGGUUCUUUUUGGGCGGCUUGUGCAUAAUCCAAACAUAUUUACAUUAGCAGAUGCACUUAAGGUAUUAUUAAUAUAACACUCGAAAGAAAUGUCAUAAAAAUAAUAAAUGAAACUAUGAGAGCAAUGAUAGCGAUUAACAUGAUAUAAUCAAUCGAACGAGCACAAAAUAUAUAGAUUAAAAUUCUC